UAUAAUGACACGAAUAAGAGUUUCAUUAGACUUCUGUGUUAGUUUAUGUAGAACUUAUUAAACUCUUCAGUUGUUUCUGUGAGUAGACAAACAGUAUGACGUGUGACGUGUGUCACUGUUCUCUUGUUAUGUUGACUGAGCCCCAAGUUAACUGUUACAGUGCUUCAACCUGGCGACUACAACCUUACUGGCACCCGAGCCAACAGAGGCGCCGAGCAAGGUAUCCCUCAACCUGCCAGGACUCCGCCAGGCUGCCGUCAUCUUAGAGAGGAUGAUCAACCAGAAUAUAUACGACGACAUUGUCCAGGACUUUAUGUACUGGGAGGACGGGGGCGAUGACUACCACCCUCUACACGGAUCGCUUUUGCCGCUCUGGAAGUUCGCUUCGGACACUAGCCGUCCCUUUGUGGUCUCCGAUAUCUGCUGGAGCCCCGUCUACCGUGACCUGUUCGCCGCCGCCUACACCAAUGGAGAGGCUGGUGUGGGUGAAGGGGCUGGGAUGCUCUGCCUCUACACGCUAAAGAACCCGACUACACCUGAGAGGAUAUUCCACGCCCACUCUGGUGUUACCUGUGUACACCUACACCCCAAGUACGGGAACAUGGUGAGUGCCGGGUGGAACGAUGGCACUGUGGUAGUAUACGAUGUUACCUCUGUCCACUCACCCACAAUCAUCUACUCCACACCUGGGAAUGGCAAACACCUCCAUCCUGUCACACGG